UCUCCACAAUUUUUCCCCUUCCAAAACUCAUUCUUUCAUGACCUCAAAACCCUUUUCUUAUCAAAUUAACCUCCUCUUCUUCUUUCCCUUCUUGUUCUUCUUGCUCUGGUGGUCGUCGUUGAAACGGGAACAUUCACUUUAACGUGAGAACGUUCGUGCAUGCAGUAUUUUGCAUGCACAAACGACUUUUGUAAUGGCCCGUAGCGAUCCACCAGGGCCAAGAACAAUCGCGUGCAUUAUCGCAGUUCUAUCUGUAUUCAUCACGUCGUCUCAUGCAUCAGAUGCAGAAGCUCUAUCCAAGCUGAAGGAUUCCUUCACUAACGCUGACACGUUAAAUUGGAAUCUGUCGACGAGUCCAUGCUCCGGCAAUACUUCUAAUUGGAUCGGUAUCUUCUGUUCAAAAGGGUCGGUAUGGGGAAUACAACUCGAAAGCAUGGGAUUAAUGGGUACGAUCGACGUGGAUACGCUCACGGAAUUGCCAUCUUUACGUACAAUAAGCUUCAUGAAUAACAGCUUCGAUGGACCUAUACCUGAUAUUCACAAGCUCGGGGCAUUAAAAUCCAUAUUCUUGUCACAUAACAAGUUCUCCGGAGACAUUCCAAAGGAUAAUUUUAAGGGUAUGGGAUCAUUGAAGAAAUUGUAUCUGAAUGAUAAUAUGUUCACCGGUAACAUCCCUUUAUCUCUUCUUGGGUUAACCAAGCUUUUGGAGUUGAGGCUUGAUGGUAAUCAGUUUGAAGGCCAAAUACCAAACUUUGAACAAAAGGGCUUGAAAUUUAUUAACUUCUCAAAUAAUAGAUUAGAGGGUCCAAUCCCAGAAAGCCUCAGCAAGAUGGAUAAGAAAUACUUUGCAGGAAACCAGCUUUUAUGUGGGGGGACACUGGGCGAAUGUAAUAAACGUAAAAUAACUGCUGGGGCAAUCGUAGGCAUGGUUAUAGGAAGUAUUGGUGCCAUAGCAGCAAUAGCUACAGUUUUAUUUGUUUUCCGCCGCAAGAAUGAUCCGCAAUUUCAAUCUGCGUCUAGGAAGAAGAUGCUAACCAAGGUACCUUCUGAGGAAGUAAAAGGUUAUCAUGGUGCAUCAUCACCUGCAAGUACUCACAGCCAAGGAGGAAAUAAGACUAAACAAUCUGAACAAGCAGGGUUGAUAUUCAUAAGGGAUGAUGUGCGGGUGAAAUUUGAUUUGCAAGAUUUGCUUAGAGCUUCGGCCGAGGUUCUGGGAAGUGGUAGCUUUGGUUCAUCUUAUAAAGCUGUACUUUUAAGUGGUCCUUCCAUGGUUGUGAAGAGAUUUAGGCUGAUGAACAAUGUUGCCAAAGAGGAAUUUCAAGAACAUAUGAGAAGACUAGGCAGACUAUCACAUCCUAACUUGUCAUCCGUCGUGUCUUAUUAUUACAGAAGAGAAGAGAAGCUUUUGGUGUCUGAAUUUGCUGAAAAUGGUAGCUUGGCAUAUCAACUCCAUGGGAACCGGAGCGCGGAUCGUCCUGGUCUCACAUGGCCGCUCAGAUUAAAAAUUGUCAAAGGAGUAGCUAAGUGUCUAGCUUACCUCUACAAGGAGUUGCCAAGUUUGAUCGUACCUCAUGGACACCUAAAAUCAUCAAAUGUUCUACUAAACGAAUCGUUCGAACCACUCUUAGCGGACUACGCGUUAGUCCCCUUGAUAAAUCAAGAACACGCAACUCAACUCAUGGUGGCUUACAAAUCACCGGAAUAUGCACAGUUUGGCCGAACAACAAAGAAAACAGACAUAUGGAGUUUCGGAGUGCUUAUACUAGAGAUAUUAACCGGUAAGUUCCCGUCUAAUUAUCUGCAACAAGCCAAAGGAAGUAACGGUGGUAAUUCGGAUUUGGCGAGCUGGGUGAAGUCAGUUGUUAAAGGUGAUGAUUGGACAGCUGAAGUUUUUGACAAAGAUAUGAAAGGAACACAGGAUGCUGAAGAAGAGAUGAUGAAGUUGUUGAAAAUAGGAUUGGGUUGUUGUGAAGAAGAUGUCGAGAAGAGAUUGGAUUGGAAAGAAGUUGUUGAGAAGAUUGAAGAACUGAAAGAUAGAGGAGGAAGUAGUAGUGGUAGACAUGUUGAUUAUGAUGAUGAUAAUGAAUCAUAUGCAAGUGAAGGAUGAAUAUAGAAUGUGCAUGGAUUCUUACACUUUGUCAUGGGAAAAAAAAACCCAUAACCCCAACACAAGUUUUGGUCAUCUUUGUCUAAAGGUACUCAACUUGUCCAGUCCGGGGAUUGGGGUUUAUCUAUUAGGUUUAUGGAGAUUGAAUUCACAAAGGUUUUGAUGAUUUAGGGAAAUAUAUACAUGCUUAAUACCAUUUUUCUUUCUUCAUAAGUUGUGUAGAAACGGGUUGGGGUUAUGGUGUUCAGUUGAUUGAUCCUUCAGUUACAUAUACGCUUGAGGUUCCGCAAAAUACUUUUUUAUUUUGUCCUGCUAUAUAUAUAACGAAUUAAAAUAUAGUUUUGUUUUCGUUGUACAUUUUUAUUUCGAACUUUUUUUUUGUACGUUAUAGGAAUCUUUGUCAAUUGCGUGAGGA